AUGUCGAAAAAAGAUAAACAUUUUUUUCACGAUGCUCUAAUUGAAUUAGAAAGGAUUUUAAACGAACAAAUUUGUUUAUCAUCUAUUAAUGAUAAUUAUAGUGGUGAAGAAAUAGCAAAAAUAAUUAGAACAAUAUGUCAUAUCAUAUGGAAUAUGAAUUUAACAGUUGGUUAUAAUUUAUUACCAGCUAUACUUAUUCGUGAUACAAUAAAAAGUUUUCUCUAUACAAUUGCUGUAUUUUGUUCGAAUAAUAAUGAAAAACUGCGUUUAAUCUCACCAGCAUUACAACAUUUAUUAAGCAGACAAAUUCUUUCACAGCUGGAACAAGACAAUAUUUCUUUAGAUGAAACAAUAGUAACUUUACUACAAAAAAUUCAACAAUUUAAAGAAAAAAAUGAAUAUCAUAAAUUAUAUGAUAAUGAUCUAUUAACUCGUACGUCUGUUACUAUGUUGAAUGAGUUACCAGCUAAACUACGAGAUAUGCAUGAAACAAAUACGGAAGUUGAAACAAUUCUUGUACAGGAAAUGGUGCAAGUUAUAAAAAUGAGUUUAAAUAAAGGUAAAUCUGUUGAACAACAACAGCUUGGUAUAUCAAAGCAAUUAGAAAAUAUGUUAACUGAUCAACAUAGUUGGACAAAUGAUGGAUUUAUCAUUGAGCCUGUAACUCAUGAAGGAAUAAAAGCUGUGAUUAAGGAUACUGAAGAUAAAUUAAAUGAAAUACAAAACACAAAAGCUGAUGUCAUGCAACAACAAGUACAAGUACAAAAAACAAAUUCAAAUGUUGAAUCUGUUAUACAUAUGACUACUACAACUACUACUGAAAAUGGUAAUGCAGAAAAAAUAUUCUCAUCUCGAUUGGAUGAUUGA